CCGCUGGGCGAGGUGGAGGUGAGGGCGGGCGCCAGCGAACUCGGAGAGCCGCUCGCACACUCGCGGGCGAUCCCAGCCACCGCCGCACCCGCAGCAGCACCAGCAGCACCGGCCGUCGCCGCUUCCUGCCUCGCACUCCCCUCCAGAGACUGGCCAAGCGGGUGUAGCCGCCGGGGGAGGCUCCUGCUAAGGGAACCCGGCGAGGACAAGAGCCGGGAGGCUGACUGCCUCCCACUCCGCCUGUCCAGCGGUCGGUGUCUCUGCUCGCGUGUGUGUCCCGGGUGCCGGGGGAACCUGUGUCAGUUUGCGCCUCUGAGAUCACACGGCUGCCUAGGGGUCGUGUAAUGCCCAGGGCAAGUCUUGGCUUUCAGUUUUAUUAUUACUACUAUUAUUUUACGCUUGGCUUUCGGGAAACCCUCGUGAUGUUGUAGGAUAAAGGAAAUGACACUUUGAGGAACUGGAGAGAACAUACACGCAUUUGGGUUUGAAGAAGAAACCGGUCCCCGCUUUCCCCUGCUUGCUCCCUCUUGGCUGAUGUCAGGAGCUAUCUCCUAGUGAGGUGGGGAUUCCAGCAAGAAUUAAAGGUGAAGACGGGCCACCGGGACCCAGGAGGGAAACGCUGAUCAUUAGAGACCUUUGCAGAAGACACUACAAGGAAGAAAAUUAGAGAGAGGAAAAACACAAAGACAUAAUUAUACGAGAUUCCACAAACCUAGCCCUGGAGAAAGCCUCUUUCAAAAAUGGAUAUGUUCCCUCUUACCUGGGUUUUCUUAGCUCUGUACUUUUCAGGACACAAAGUGAGAAGCCAACCAGACCCACCCUGUGGAGGUCGGCUGAAUUCCAAGGAUGCGGGCUACAUCACCUCCCCAGGUUACCCCCAGGACUAUCCCUCUCACCAGAACUGUGAGUGGGUCGUCUACGCCCCCGAACCCAACCAGAAGAUUGUCCUCAACUUCAACCCUCACUUUGAAAUCGAGAAGCACGACUGCAAGUAUGACUUCAUUGAGAUUCGGGAUGGGGACAGUGAGUCAGCUGACCUCCUGGGCAAACACUGUGGGAACAUCGCUCCACCCACCAUCAUCUCCUCUGGCUCCAUGUUAUACAUCAAGUUCACAUCAGACUAUGCCCGGCAGGGGGCAGGUUUCUCCCUACGCUACGAGAUCUUCAAAACAGGCUCUGAAGAUUGUUCCAAGAACUUCACAAGCCCCAAUGGGACCAUUGAGUCUCCCGGGUUUCCAGAGAAGUAUCCACACAAUCUGGACUGCACCUUCACCAUCCUGGCCAAACCCAGGAUGGAGAUCAUCCUGCAGUUCCUGACCUUUGACCUGGAACAUGACCCUUUACAAGUGGGAGAAGGAGACUGCAAAUAUGACUGGCUGGACAUCUGGGAUGGCAUUCCACAUGUUGGUCCUCUGAUUGGCAAGUACUGUGGGACCAAAACACCCUCCAAACUCCGCUCAUCCACGGGGAUCCUCUCCCUGACCUUUCACACGGAUAUGGCAGUGGCCAAGGAUGGCUUCUCUGCACGUUACUACUUGGUCCACCAAGAGCCGCCUGAGAACUUUCAGUGCAAUGUCCCUCUGGGAAUGGAGUCCGGCCGGAUUGCUAAUGAACAGAUCAGUGCCUCAUCCACCUUCUCUGAUGGGAGAUGGACUCCUCAACAGAGCCGGCUCCAUGGUGAUGACAAUGGCUGGACACCCAACUUGGAUUCCAACAAGGAGUAUCUCCAGGUGGACCUGCGCUUCCUAACCGUGCUGACAGCCAUUGCAACACAGGGAGCGAUUUCCAGGGAGACCCAGCGAGGCUACUACGUCAAAUCGUAUAAGCUGGAGGUCAGCACCAAUGGUGAGGAUUGGAUGGUCUACCGGCAUGGCAAAAACCACAAGAUAUUUCAAGCUAACAAUGAUGCGACUGAGGUGGUUUUAAAUAAACUCCACAUGCCACUGCUGACAAGGUUCAUCAGGAUCCGCCCCCAGACGUGGCACUUGGGCAUUGCCCUUCGAUUAGAGCUCUUCGGCUGUCGAGUCACAGAUGCACCCUGCUCCAGCAUGCUGGGGAUGCUCUCUGGCCUCAUAGCAGAUAACCAAAUCUCUGCCUCCUCCACCCGAGAGUACCUCUGGAGCCCCAGCGCUGCCCGCCUGGUUAGCAGCCGUUCUGGCUGGUUUCCCCGGAACCCUCAGGCCCAGCCAGGUGAAGAGUGGCUUCAGGUGGACUUGGGGACGCCCAAGACAAUAAAAGGUGUCAUCAUCCAGGGAGCCCGUGGAGGGGAUAGCAUCUCUGCUAUGGAAGCCAGAGCAUUUGUACGCAAGUUCAAAGUCUCCUACAGCCUAAAUGGCAAGGACUGGGAAUACAUCCAGGACCCCAGGACUCAGCAGCCAAAGCUGUUUGAAGGGAACAUGCACUAUGACACUCCCGACAUCCGAAGGUUUGAUGCAGUUCCAGCACAGUAUGUGCGCGUGUACCCAGAGAGAUGGUCACCAGCAGGCAUUGGGAUGAGGCUGGAGGUCCUGGGCUGUGACUGGACAGACUCCAAGCCCACAGUGGAGACACUGGGACCCACCAUAAAGAGUGAAGAGACCACCACCCCUUAUCCCAUGGAUGAGGAUGCCACCGAGUGUGGGGAAAACUGCAGCUUUGAGGAUGACAAAGAUUUGCAACUCCCUUCGGGAUUCAACUGCAACUUUGAUUUCCCCGAAGAGCCCUGUGGUUGGAUGUACGACCGUAACAAGUGGCUCAGAAGUACCUGGAUCAGCAGUGCCAGCCCCAAUGACCGAACAUUUCCAGAUGACAAGAACUUCUUGAGACUACAGAGUGACGGCCGGCGAGAGGGCCAGUAUGGGCGGCUCAUCAGCCCACCUGUGCACCUGCCCCGAAGCCCUGUGUGCAUGGAGUUCCAGUACCAAGCUACCGGUGGCCACGGGGUGGCACUGCAGGUGGUUCGGGAAGCCAGCCAGGAAAGCAAACUCCUCUGGGUCAUCCGUGAGGACCAGGGCAGUGAAUGGAAGCAUGGACGCAUUAUCCUGCCCAGCUAUGACAUGGAGUAUCAGAUCGUGUUCGAGGGAGUGAUAGGGAAAGGACGAUCGGGAGAGAUUGCCAUCGACGACAUUCGUUUAAGCACUGAUGUCCCACUGGAGAACUGCAUGGAACCCAUCUCAGCGUUUGCAGGUGAGGAUUUUAAAGGGGGCACCCUCCCGCCAGGGACCGAGCCCACAGUGGACACGGUGCCCGUGCAGCCCAUCCCAGCCUACUGGUAUUACGUUAUGGCAGCCGGGGGCGCAGUGCUGGUGCUGGUCUCCGUCGUGCUGGCCUUGGUGCUCCACUACCACCGGUUCCGCUAUGCGGCUAAGAAGACCGAUCACUCCAUCACCUACAAAACCUCCCACUACACCAACGGGGCCCCUCUGGCAGUGGAGCCCACCCUAACUAUUAAGCUAGAGCAAGAGCGGGGCUCACACUGCUGAGGGCCGAAGCAGGAACAGCGCCCAAACAAGAAAGACUGCAAACACGUUGCCUCGAUUUUGCACUUUUUUUCUCCUCGCCUAGUCUCUGUGUGAACCCUCAGACAGCUCUCUCCAGGGUCCCCAACCCUGAGCACUCUUAUCUGCCCCAACUAUUCUCUGUGAUCCUUGGUUCCUGUUUCUCUUUGCCCUGAUAUUUUGUUUUCCUUAUCAUUAUUUUUCCUUUUAAUCUUGUCUCUUUUAUUCCCUUUCUUUUUUCCUUCCUUCCUUCCUUCCUUCCUUCCUUCCUUCCUUCCUUCCUUCUUUUUCCAUGAUUCUAAACCACAAAACCCAACUCUUAAUGCUGCAUCUGGAAUCCCAGAAGAGUUCUGCCCCUAAGCACUUCACAACCCAAGGCUCAGUUGGUUUUGUUCCAGAGACAGGCCCUCUUGUUUUCUCCCCUCCUUGCCUUAUCCCAUCCCUCCUCUCCUAGGCAGGCUGCCAGGUGUCUGAAGGGAGCCUGGUUCUGUAUGUAUGUACACAGUACACUCCCAUGUGAAGAGGUGUGUGUGUGUGUGUGUGUGUGUGUGUGUGUGUGUGGUGGGUGUGGUGGGUGUGUGAGAGAGAGACUGACUCACUGUGGAGGGGGGGAGUGUGUGGGUGUGUGUAGAGAGGGGCUCUUCACUCAUUGCGUUACUUCUCCUGGGGUACAUUUUACAAGAAAAUAAUAUACUGUACACAUUUUGUUUACUUGGAGAAGAAACUGAAGCUUUUUUGUUGCCUUAUCUAGCUCUAUCUGGCUGGGUUUCUGUUGGCUGUCAUUGUCAUCUCCAGGUACCUAGAACAAUAGAGGCCACAUGGAAUACAAUGUGGUUGCAUCCUUAUCCCCUUCCCCAACCCACCUGACCCAAGAAGAUGGCUCCUCCAGUACACUCAGACAUAGCCCCUUUUGUUAUGUCUCCUGGUGUCUUUGAAGUCACAAGACAACAGCCAUUGGGUUCAUGGAGCCAUCCUUACUUCCAGCCCUGAAGCAAAUGUGUCUCAUGUUGCCUUAUAAAAGAAAAAAGAAGAAGAAAAAAGUUCAUAAUGAAUGUUUAGCUCUGAUGGUCCAAUCAUGGAGUAAGUCAUAAGACUAACACACCUGGGAUGAUGUUCGAUCAGUAGUCUUUAAAUGGAGAGCAAGAGGGGGGAGAUAGAAAAGAAGAGAUGGAAGGACUCAAAUAUUGUCUUUGCAAAGUCUCCUCACCCCAGGGCAUCAUUGCAUUGAGCCUAACAUGGGAUGGGGUUGAGGAAAAAGGUAUUCUUUGGUAUUAUUUUGGUCAUUGUAAUAGCAUUUGUAAAAUAUGAGGGAGAGGGGGUUUUUGUUUUCUUUUCAUGGUGUCAACAUGUGACUGAAUCUAUAGCUACUGGAGUAUAAGGCCGUCCACCUGACUUGUUCAAAAUAGUAUGAGAAAUCAGAAAGGAAUCCUUUGCUGAAAUGUACCUUGUGCUGUCCCUGAAAGCAAGCCCUGGUGGGCUGCCCUGACGUCCACAGAUGCCACAGCAUGGGCAAAGAGAAGGUGCCAUGAUAAAGGCACACCCAUGGCUGCCCAUUCUUCUUCCUCAAACAACGCACAGGGAGGGAUGCAGUGAGCAGUUGCCCAAUAAAAGGAUUGAGUAAAUAACAAAGUCAAUUUUAUUGCACAAAAAAUGUGUUAUUUGAAGAUUUCCAGUAUACUAGGGCUCAGUCUUGGAGGUAUUUGUUUCCUGUUUUCUACCUUAAAAGCCUCUUGGGAAGGAUACAAUUCCCUCAAGAUGGUUUACUGGUCAGAUACACCUCCAGACACUUUCUAAGAACAAAAUACUAAUGAAUCUUUAAAAACAAAUGGCUUGGGAGAGAGCCGCUCAGCAUUCUUUCAGAGUAGCCAGAUAGAUCCCUCUCGCCCACUCUCAGCUUCUGCAUCUGGUUCCUUUCAUCCUUCUGAAAGGACGUGGUCUCCCACUCUUACUCUGUUUCAAAACCACAGCAGCUCUUCCAAGCAAAGAAAAGAUGAAAGGCUAGAGUGUGGCUACUUUGAGCUGUCCUACCCCAAUUGAAGAUGGAGAAGGAAGCAUGAGCAGAAGGUGGGCAGUAACGCUGGGUGCCGAGAGAACCAUGCCAGUCACCAAGGGCUUUUUAUCGGGAUCAUUCACCUCCAGCUGAAAAUUUAGGGCCGGGCUUUCCUUGCAAAUGAUUGACAUUCCUACAGGUGCCAUGUGGAGGCAUCAGAAAACCACAGCUAGAAAACCCAUGGGGUGUAGCAGAAGCAAGAUGGCAGAUACUUUGUGACCUUGCUCUAUGCUCAUCCAAUGCCCUAUGCAGCCAGCAUCAUCUUCACAUACAUGUCACAGAUGAGAAGAUGGUGAAUCCCAUGAAUGCCCUUCAGCUGUGAUUCAUGCUUAAUCUCUCUCUCUCUCUCUCUCUCUCUCUCUCUCUCUCUUUCUCUUGCUUGCCCUCUCUCCUACCCCCCCACACACUCCAGCAUCUUUCAUAGUAUUUUCUAAAAGUGCAGCUCAUGUGUAAAAUGCCAUGCCUUGUUGCUUUAAAAAGCAAAAUUCUGUAUCCAGUUGGGGAGGCGAGCGUCACUCUCUUCUAAGGAAACUGGACUGGACAGAUGAAUACAUGCAUGCCUGAGUGUAGCGUUGCUUCCCAGAAGACAAAGCAGUGAUACCAACUGUUAAAAUGUGAAAAAGUGCAUGAAUGAAGGGCCAGCUGGGGCUAGAAAGCAUUUGCCUUACUAGAGGUCUCACAAGAGCCCUUCCUGGAGCCUAUGCUAGCAGCUGCCAUCAUCUAUUGCUGGCAAAAGGAGAAAAAGGAAAACAAAACAAAUGUAGCAUUGCGGAAAAUAAGCUCAUCCUUUCCCUUGUCCCACUCUUUUUUAUUAAAACCAGAAUAGGUGACCCAGUAAUAUUUUUGAGGUUGAUACCCCAUCUUUUAAAAGACCCCAUCUUUAAAAUAAAAACAAGCAGGCAAGCAAACACCUAAAAGUUCAAAAAUUACCAAAGAACAACAAAACAAGAAAACCUAAAGAUUUUUACUUCCUAUUCUUAUCCCCUCUCCCUAUAACUGUGACACCCCUUGCAUUGCUCAGUUGCCUGUGUGUCAAAAUAACUUGUGGAUGUUGAAAACUAUUUGAAAAUGUAUUGUGUGGAAUGUAAUAAAAUGAUGAUAUUUUUAUACAAA